CACAUUAUUCUGCGUAAAAGUAGCGAUACAAAACGGAGAAGAUUAAAUAAACGAUUAGUUCAUUAUUGCACAGUACUUUAGUUCCAAAAAGUUUUUGUUAUCAUUGGAGUUAGCAGUCCAGCAUUCCAGGACAAGAUUCCAACGAGAGAACAACAAAAUUAGUUGAAAGUUUUGUUGAACGAGCGAAGAUGGUGGACAAGUUAGUAAACAGCGAGGCAAAUGCCCGUAGGAUACAAAUGGUGGAGAAUUGCUUCGGGGCAUCGGGUCAGCCGUUGUUCCUGCCUGGUCGAGUUCUGGUUGGCGAAGGAGUACUAACCAAAAUGUGUCGCAAGCGACCAAAGGCACGCCAGUUUUUUCUCUUCAACGAUAUCCUUGUCUAUGGCAAUAUAGUUAUUGGUAAGAAAAAGUACAACAAACAACAUCUUAUACCUCUCGAAGAAGUUCAGCUACAAGCCCUUGAUGAUAACGGGCAGUAUCGGAACGGAUGGCUGAUACGGACAGCGACUAAGUCUUUUGCGGUAUAUGCUGCAACACAAACAGAAAAACAAGAAUGGAUGGCUCACAUCAACAAAUGUAUAGAAGAUUUGUUACGCAAAAGUGGUAAAAAACCUGUUGAAACGCAUGCCGCUGUUUGGGUUCCGGAUAGUGAAGCCACCAUUUGCAUGCAUUGUAAAAAGACUCAGUUCACUAUGAUUAAUAGAAGGCACCAUUGCCGGAAUUGUGGUGCAGUAGUUUGCGGUCCAUGUUCGUCCAAAAAAUUUUUGCUUCCAGGACAAAGUAGUAAACCGCUGCGUGUCUGCUUAGACUGCUAUGAUAAUCUCACUUCUAUGAAACGAGACGGGAACAAAACACUUGUGGCAAAUAACAACAAAUCGGCCAACUCUCCUGAAAGUUCCGGUGAAGAUGAUUCCGGUGAUGAGGAAGAGGCUGCGAAAGACAACAAUACACAUGAUGAAAGAUUCACAAGUCAUUUUACAUCAACAACAGUCAUAUGUGUGUAACAGAGCAAACAGAAUGUCAAAUCAGUGAUCGAUCGAUCGACAGGCGAACCUAAGUUCUACAGUGAUGAUAAACCAGAGAAAUAAUAUUAGCAGCAAGGAAAAUGUCUAGUACGACACUAAAAAUUUAAUUACCGGAAAUAUUAACCAAUAGCACAUUUUUGGGUUCAAAAUAUACCAAUCAUUUUUAAUUCACAUAGAAUGUUAAUGUCGUGCUGAUUUCAAACUCUUUGUCUGCUAUAUCAAUUACAACACGGAUAAGAAAGGGUUUAUAUGACGAUAGAAAAGUCAUAGUCGUAAGGUUUUAUCUCAAUUCUCUUCAACGCUCGUACUCGAAAUGUCAAAAGAAAAGCAGAAACCAGUUUAAUAUUAAUUGAUUGCAUAAAUAACAUUAUCAGAUUUAUAAAUUUAACUUUAUCUUAUUGCUGUUAAAACAUCAAAAUUUACUAACUGCAUUUUUUAAAUUUGUUAUACAUAUGCAUUUUAGUUGAAAAUACUGACCGAGCAGUAUGGUUGAUUAGUUCCAUUGUCAUUCUCAUGCAAUCUUAUGUUAUUCUUAUAUCCUUAACGUAAUAAACUUCCAUAAUAUGAUCAAAUAAUUUUGAAUUCAUACUUUCGCUAUACUGAAAAUAGAUAGCAAAAAAAUACGUCUAUGCUGGGAAACUAUAUAGAACUAAACGAAUAAUUUAAAAAAAAUCAGGAAAAUGUUGAAGAGCUUUGCCAAAAACGUAGCUAAAUGAUGUAGCGACCAUCGAAUCAAAUCAUCGGAACUAGUUCCGUUUCCGGAACUAUUGAGCAAUUAUGAAAACUUACAACAGAAAAGGUAACAAGCAAAUAUUUGAAAUUUUUUGAGUAACUACAGUUAUUGAUUUUUGAUAUUUUAUCCUGCUUCGUACCACCUAACUGUGCUGUUACCUGUUAUUUCUGCUUUUAAAUCUAAAUCUAUUAUUAGAGUCGAAAAGCAAUCGUUGAAAAGAUCAUACUUAAUAUAACAACGCAACAACGGCUACAUAGUCACGAAAAAUAUGACAAAAAUUGAGGAGAAUCCUUGAUGGGAGUGUUAGGGUAUCAUAAAACAACUUGUGUUGUAUUCUAUACAUUUUAUUAUAUUUAAAACCUGAUCAUAAAGCUAUACACUGUUUCGGAAA